GGCAGGGGAGGCACGGGGGAGGCACAGGGGAGACACAGCACCGGCACAGCACCGGCACAGCGCCCUCGGCUCGAUCACGGAGCCGCGCCCCGCCCGCCCCGCUCCGCUCCGCGAUGCCGAGCUUCCUCAAGUGGCUGCUGGUGACCCUGGGGAUCGCCGCGGGUGUCGUGGCCAUCACCCUGCCCCUGGUGCUGCUCACCCGCAAAAAUACCCCUUCAGGAAGAACGUAYACUCUACAGAAUUACUUGAACAAUGACUAUAAGUACAAAACACAUAAUUUGGAGUGGAUUUCAGGAAAUCAGUAUCUUCACAAAACAGAUAAUGGGGACAUCGUACGUAUCAAUGCUGACGAUGGGACACCCUCAGUGAUCCUGGCAAAUACAACACUAGCUAAGUACCAGGCSAGCACAGUUUUAUUGUCUCCUGACCAAAAGUUUGCUCUUCUGCAAUACAGCUAUACAAAGUUGUGGAGGCAUUCCUUUACAGCUUCAUAUCACAUCUAUAAUUUCAGUAGCAGUUCUAUCUUAGAUGAUGGACUACUACCUAAUGAUACACAGUAUAUAUCCUGGUCACCUGUUGGUCAUAAACUGGCAUACGUUUGGAAUAAUAAUGUUUAUGUAAAAGAUUCACCAACAGCACCACCUGUGCAAAUCACUCAAAAUGGAGAAGAAAAUAAAAUUUUCAAUGGAAUACCAGAUUGGGUUUAUGAAGAGGAAAUGUUUGGCACUCAUUCUGCUCUGUGGUGGUCUCCAAAUGGCAAUUUUUUGGCAUAUGCAGCCUUUGAUGAUACAAAAGUUCCUGUUAUAGAGUAUUCCUUUUAUUCUGAGGACACCUUGCAGUAUCCAAAGACCAUUAAAAUCCCAUAUCCCAAGGCAGGAGCUACAAAUCCAACUGUGCGAUUCUUUAUUGUGGAUACCAGAUCGCUUCAAGUUGUCAACCCUGUUGAAAUUUCUCCACCUGAAGAAAUAAAAUCAAGGGAUCAUUAUUUGAGUGUUGUAACAUGGGUGACAGAUGAAAGGAUUUGUCUGCAGUGGCUCAGAAGAAUUCAGAAUUUUUCAGUCCUUGCARUCUGUGACUUUGCAAAUGCUGCUUGGUCAUGUCCAAAGGAAAAACAACUUACAGAAGAAAGUCCAACUGGCUGGAUUGGCAGAUUUCAGCCAUCUGUCCCUCGCUUUGCACCCGACAAUGUCACCUACUACAAAGUGUUCAGCGACACAGCGGGUUACAAGCACAUCCAUUCCAUAAAGGGCUCCCAGGCUCCAGUAGCUAUUACUUCAGGAAAAUGGGAAGUCAUCAGCAUAGAAGCUGUAACCAAUAAAUUUUUAUACUACAUUAGUAAUGAAAAUGGUGGAAUGCCAGGAGGAAGAAAUCUUUAUAAAGUGCUCUUGGAAAGCAGUCCAAAUUUUACUAAAUGUGUUAGCUGUGAUCUGGAUCAAAAAAGAUGCCAGUAUUAUUCUGUGUCCUUCAGCAAAGAUGCAGAGUAUUAUCAGCUAAAUUGUCUCGGUCCUGGCCUGCCCAUGUCUACUCUGCACAGAAGCACUGAUGAUCAAGUCCUCAGAUACUUGGAAAAUAACACUGAAUUGGACAAUGCUUUGAAAGAUAUUCAGAUGCCUUCAAAAGAAUUUGGCACCCUUAGUAUAGGUGGAUACAACCUGUGGUAUCAAAUGAUACUGCCUCCCCRUUUCGAUUCAUCAAAGAAGUACCCUCUGCUCAUUGAUGUGUAUGCAGGACCUUGUAGUCAGAAAGUCGACCAAGCCUUCCGCAUCAGCUGGGCUACUUACCUGGCAAGCACGGAGCAGAUCAUCGUGGCCAGCUUUGACGGCAGGGGCAGCGGCUACCAAGGGGAUGAGAUCAUGCAUGCAAUAAACCGAAGGCUGGGAACGUAUGAAGUGGAAGAUCAGAUAGCAGCAGCCAGAAAAUUUUCUGAAAUGAGGUUUGUUGAUAAGGACAGAAURGCUAUUUGGGGUUGGUCUUAUGGGGGAUAUGUGACCUCCAUGGUGCUUGGCUCUGGAAGCGGCGUGUUCAAGUGUGGAAUAGCGGUUGCCCCCGUGUCACGCUGGCAAUAUUAUGAUUCAAUAUACACAGAGCGGUACAUGGGCCUUCCUACAGCAAGUGAUAAUCUGAAGAACUAUAAUAGUUCAACAGUAAUGGCCAGAGCUGAAAAAUUCAAGGAAGUUGAAUAUCUCCUUAUUCAUGGAACAGCAGAUGAUAAUGUUCACUUUCAGCAAGCAGCACAGAUUUCCAAAGCUCUUGUUGAUGCUGAAGUGGAUUUUCAGGCAAUGUGGUACACUGACAAAGACCACGCCAUCUCCGGUCAAGCACACAAGCAUAUMUAUACCCAUAUGAGCCACUUCAUAAAGCAGUGCUUCUCACUGCACUARCACCAGCAUUUUGCUUGUCAGUGAUGGUACUYCUCCAGAAAACUCCCUGGAUAAUGUACUCUGAGCCAGUGUAAAUCAAAGUGAGAUAAGAGUCAGCUCUCAGGAUACCGGUGUACACAAUGAAAUGCUAAUCUUUAUAAUGAUUCCUGUUGCCAGGCAACUAUUGCAUUUUUAUUGAUUUUAUUUAAUCAGGUAUUAACAUCACCAGAAUGAUGUUGCAGACUUCUAGGAAGCCUGGUACUUGCUUGAGUAAUUACCUUUUGAUAUAUUUCA